AGACAGUACCGAGGGGGACCCGGACGCAGCCAAUCCUGGCCUGAAGAUUGUGUUGGAGGGACUGGCAGAGGGUGUCCCGACCCCUCUCUCUGCGCAUCCUGGGGGAUGACCCCGGUGCCAGGCUCGGCGCCGGCCGCCUGAUGCUGGGUGGGCCGAGCUGGGGAUGCUGGAACGAAGGGCGUUGCUAUGGCAACGGGAGGCAGGGCCUGGGGGGGGGACCGGGCCCGGGCUGGGGCAGGGGGGGCCGGCGGUGGCUGUGGCGGGGCGAUGGCGGAGCGCGGCCCGGCUUUCUGCGGUCUCUACGACACAUCUUCGCUGCUGCAGUACUGCAACGAUGACAAUUUGUCGGGCACCAGCGGCAUGGAGGUGGACGACCGCGUGUCGGCGCUGGAGCAGCGGCUGCAGUUGCAGGAAGACGAGCUGGCGGUCCUAAAGGCGGCGCUGGCGGACGCACUGCGUCGCCUGCGGGCAUGCGAAGAACAGGGCGCGGCGCUGCGCGCGAGGGGCACCCCCAAGGGCCGGGCGCCCCCGCGUCUAGGGACCACCGCUUCGGUGUGUCAGCUCUUAAAAGGCCUUCCCACCAGGACGCCCCUAAAUGGCUCGGGACCCCCGCGGCGUGUGGGCGGCUAUGCCACGUCCCCAUCUUCCCCUAAGAAAGAGGCGACCUCCGGGCGCAGUGGCCGACGCUAUUUGUCACCAGAGCGCCUUGCCUCCGUGCGUCGCGAGGAUCCCCGCAGCCGCACCACAUCCUCCAGCAGCAAUUGUAGCGCCAAAAAGGAAGGCAAAACCAAAGAAGUUAUCUUCAGCAUGGAGGAGGGCUCUGUGAAAAUGUUCCUGAGAGGUCGUCCUGUGCCUAUGUUGAUCCCGGAUGAACUGGCACCCACCUACAGCCUGGAUACGCGCUCUGAGCUACCUUCUUGUCGGUUCAAACUGGACUGGGUCUAUGGCUACCGUGGCCGUGAUUGCCGGGCCAACCUUUAUCUGCUACCCACUGGAGAGGUAGUGUACUUUGUGGCCUCUGUGGCUGUGCUGUACAGUGUGGAGGAGCAGAGGCAGCGACACUACCUGGGACACAACGAUGACAUCAAAUGCCUGGCUGUCCACCCGGAUAUGGUCACCAUCGCCACGGGGCAAGUGGCCGGCACCACAAAGGAGGGAAAGCCCCUGCCGCCCCAUGUGCGCAUCUGGGACUCAGUUUCCCUCUCCACCUUACACGUGCUGGGCCUGGGGGUGUUUGACCGAGCCGUGUGCUGUGUGGGCUUCUCUAAGUCGAAUGGGGGCAACCUGCUGUGUGCAGUGGACGAAUCCAACGAUCACAUACUGUCUGUGUGGGACUGGGCCAAAGAGACCAAGGUGGUGGACUGCAAGUGCUCCAAUGAGGCUGUGUUGGUGGCCACCUUCCACCCCACAGACCCCACGCUGCUUAUCACCUGCGGGAAAUCCCACAUCUACUUCUGGAGCCUGGAGGGGGCCAGCCUGAGCAAGCGGCAGGGCCUCUUCGAGAAACAUGAGAAACCAAAGUAUGUGCUGUGUGUGACCUUUUUGGAGGGUGGCGACGUGGUCACCGGAGACUCCGGGGGAAACCUCUAUGUCUGGGGCAAAGGUGGAAACCGCAUCACCCAGGCGGUGCUGGGUGCCCAUGACGGUGGCGUGUUUGCCCUCUGCGCCCUGCGGGGUGGGACGCUGGUGUCUGGAGGAGGCCGUGACCGACGGGUGGUCCUCUGGGGUUUUGACUACAGCAAGCUGCAGGAGGUGGAGGUCCCUGAGGACUUUGGCCCCGUGCGCACUGUGGCAGAGGGCCGGGGAGACACGCUGUAUGUGGGGACCACCCGCAACUCCAUCCUGCAGGGGUCAGUGCACACGGGUUUCUCACUGCUCAUUCAGGGCCAUGUGGAAGAGCUGUGGGGCCUGGCUGCACACCCCAGCCGGGCACAGUUUGUGACCUGUGGGCAGGAUAAACUGGUGCAUCUGUGGAGUUCAGAGUCCCACCAGCCCUUGUGGAGCAGGGUCAUUGAGGACCCUGCCCACUCGGCCGGCUUCCACCCCAGUGGCUCUGUGCUCGCGGUGGGCACAGUGACGGGCAGAUGGCUGCUGCUGGACACAGAGACCCACGACCUGGUGGCUAUCCACACCGAUGGCAAUGAGCAGAUCUCAGUGGUCAGCUUCUCUCCAGACGGGGCAUACCUGGCCGUGGGCUCCCACGACAACUUGGUGUACGUGUACACGGUGGACCAGGGCGGCCGCAAGGUCAGCCGCCUGGGCAAGUGCUCGGGCCAUUCCAGUUUUAUCACCCACCUGGAUUGGGCCCAGGACAGCAGCUGCUUUGUCACCAACUCCGGAGACUACGAGAUUCUGUACUGGGACCCUGCCACCUGUAAGCAAAUCACUAAUGCAGAUGCCAUGAGGAAUGUGGAGUGGGCCACUGCUACUUGUGUCCUGGGGUUUGGUGUGUUUGGGAUCUGGUCAGAGGGGGCAGAUGGUACCGACAUUAACGCCGUGGCCCGUUCCCACAACGGGAAGCUGCUGGUUUCCGCUGAUGACUUUGGCAAAGUUCACCUAUUUAGUUACCCUUGCUGUCAGCCUCGAGCUCUCAGCCACAAAUAUGGUGGACACAGCAGCCAUGUGACGAAUGUGGCCUUCUUGUGGGAUGACAGCAUGGCCCUGACCACGGGCGGCAAGGACACCAGCAUCCUACAAUGGAGGGUGGUCUGAAGCAGGGGGUCCUGGGGACAUGGGGCCAGGGUAGAGUCAGGUGGCAGGGCUGGAAUUCUAUUUUCGGGAGAUGUCUAUUGCUAAGUAGAGUAAUAUAUACCCAGAGUACGUCUAUAGCAGAGGGGAUUAUGGGGGUGGGAGGGCGAAUGGAUAAACAGAAGUCUCUAUUUAUCGGGGUGGGAAAAGGAGUCACAAUACUUGGGGGGAGCCAUUGGUUUUUGGUUUGAAGUGUUUUUUAAGUUUAUUCUUUUAUAUCAUCCAAAAAUAAAGACACAUGCACUGAG